UACUCUUACCUAAUCUUCAGCACAUUUCUGAUGUGUCUUCUGUGAAACACAUAACCGUCUCCCUUAAAAAUAGUCAGAUUCGGGUCUGUACUUCAGUAUAAUGGAGGACUGCGAGCAGCUGUUUGCUGGGAGGUCAGAGGAGAGGAGGCUGAACGGCCACUGCAGAUGCAGCGCUCACACUCAGAGCCUGGAGUCAAAGGUGGUGGAGGACUUCAGACGGAGGCUCAAGUACUUCUUCAUGAACCCCUGUGAAAAAUACAGAGCCAGAGGUCGCAAACCAUGGAAACUGAUGCUACAAAUACUAAAAAUCGCAAUCAUCACAAUCCAGUUAGUCUCUUUUGGCCUGAGCAAUGAAAUGAUGGUCACCUUCAAAGAAGAAAAUCUGAUGACAUUCAGACACCUGUUUCUAAAAGGAUACAAGGACCACCGGCUGGGAAGCUUUGCACUGUACACAAAAGCAGAUGUGUGUGAUCACAUCUACUACGUCAUCGACAGGUACAUCGACCUCCACAACCUGACAGUAGGUAACCUUGCAUAUGAGAGGGUUGAUGGAAAGUACACUCCUCUGUCUGUCUGUCAAGAGUUUUACAGAAACAGCACAAUCGAUCCUGGAAAUGAGACCUUUAACAUUGAUCCACACAUUGACAAAGAUUGUAUUUCCAUAUAUCCCAUGCAGUCGUUUGACAACAGCAGUUUGGCGUCGCACGUGAACUUCUCUUUAGAUUUCAAAAGGCUGCUAUCAGUGAGCAUCUACCUAACCCUGAAAACCAUCAAUCUGCAGACUGUGCGCCACCACGAGCUACCAGACUGUUAUGACUUCCAUAUAAUGAUCAUGUUUGACAACCGUGCACAUAGCGGGAAGAUAAAGGUUGAUGUUGUGAAUGAUGUAAGAAUUUAUGAAUGCAGAGACUGGAAUGUGGAAGGCACUUCUGAUAAGAACGAUUAUCUCCUCUUGUCCUUUGAUUCUCUGGUCAUCCUCGCCUGCUUCACCUCUCUCAUCCUCUGCAUGCGAUCUGUCAUCAACGGCAUCCAACUCCAGUUUGAGUUCAACAUAUUCUUCCACGCAUACUACAAUAAAAUUGUGACUUGGUCGGACCGCAUGGAGUUUGUGAAUGGCUGGUAUAUCCUCAUCAUUGUGAGUGACACACUGACUAUCGCUGGGUCAGCUCUCAAAAUUGGAAUACAAACAAAGUACCUGACAAACUAUGAUGUCUGCAGUAUCUUGCUGGGAACAGCCACAAUGCUGGUCUGGGUCAGCGUGAUUCGUUACCUUGGCUUCUUUAAGAAAUACAAUAUAUUAAUCUUAACUCUAAGGGCGGCAUUCCCAAAUGUGAUCCGAUUCUGCUGCUGUGCGGCCAUGAUCUACCUCGGGUACUGUUUCUGUGGUUGGAUCGUCCUUGGGCCUUACCAUGACAAAUUCCGAACACUCGACAAGGUAACAGAGUGCCUCUUCUCCCUCAUCAACGGGGACGACAUGUACGCCACCUUCCUGAAAAUGAGAGACAAGAGCUACAUGGUGUGGCUUUUCAGUAGAAUUUACCUCUACUCCUUCAUCUCCCUCUUCAUCUACAUGGUGCUAAGCCUGUUCAUCGCUCUCAUUACUGACACAUAUGAGACCAUCAAGCAUCACCAGCAAGAAAAGGUGCCAGUGUCCCAGCUUCAGGCCUUCAUAGCAGAGUGCAGGGACCAGCCUGAGUCUGGAAGAUACCAGACUGAUGAAGAGCCAGCUUCCUGCUGCCUCUCUCCAUGCAGCUGCUUUCGAUGAAGUGAGAAGAUGUGGCUUUUACCACUGACAAGUGUGGACAAUAUGUGGCAUAUCACGAGACUGACAAAGAGUCCAGAGUGUCUGCACAGGCAUUUGAUUAUACUGAUGCGUGAUAAGAAUAACUUCUUACUCAACUUACUUAGAAGUUAUUUUCUACUUGACUUGCUAACACUACUGAAGUAAAAUCACCAUUGGAGAUUGCUCAGCGGACCAGUUAGUUAUAUGAUCACCAGUGAAAUAGCCUGAUGGUAAUAAUUUGAAUGCACUAAAAACCAAUUCGUCCUCAGUUCAAUGCUUUAAGAGUUAAUGGAGAUAAAGAUUUCUCAGAGAUUACCUGAUGAGGAAUUUUCUCCUAACUGCACAAACAGCAUAACUUAUGAGCACUAUGAGUAUCCUAAAUGUACUAUAUAAUGGUAAAAAGCUACUCAGUUAAAGUAAAGUUCAUUGCAAAUGGUUGAUUUUUACAGAGCCCCUUAAGUCCCCGAAAGGAAAUAUCUUUAUCUUGUGCACACAAGUUAUUAUCUUAUUGGCACAAGUUACUUAUCUUGUGCCCAUAAGAUAAUUUACUAUAAAUAUGCAUAUGCAUCUCUAACGGAGACUCUAAUGGAGAGAACUCAUAUAAGUUGUAUAAGUUUUAUUUUCACCUCUGGACGUCAUACCAUGAAAUUCUUGCUGCACUUGCUGAAAUCUGAAUGUCUGCCAGAUUCUGUUUGGGGCAUGGACACUUUGGUAAAACGGGUGAAUAACAGAAAGCUAUCUUUCUCAACUAUCUUAUCAACCAGC